AUGGUCCAGUCCGUCACCAAGGUCAUAUACAGGCCCGAUACGCAAUCCACGGAAGAGUUCGUUGCGAUGGUAAACACCGCAGAGUUCAAGAGGUGGAAGAAUGGAGACACUAGUAUACCGCUCACAGAAGUAGUCGACUCGUUUGAGGUGUACCAUUCUAGCCAAGGCCACCUACUUCGUCCAUCACGUCAGCAACUCGAGAAUGUGUUUGGGACGUCGAAGGACGUAGAUGUGUUGACAACAAUCCUGCAAAACGGGAAGGAGCAACCAGUGAACGGCUUUUCUAAUGGUCUGGGUGUCACGAAUAUCGCCAGGACGAAUGCCGUGAUCGAUUGCAAGGGCAAGGGAACGUCUGGCAUCUAA